GCACUGGUUUUUUUUUUUAGGUGUGAUAUGAGCACUGGAAUGAACAUAAUAUAGGGUUUUCACAUCUGAGAAAAUCUUGGACAAUAUGUGGGAUUCUUGAAUUCGACUUUUUUGUCACACAGAUGCCAUUAUUUAUUGUUCAUGCGAUGGACUUGAGAAUUGGUGUAAAUAUCAGAUCAGCAGCCUUGUGGUUGUGGAUAAGGGUAGAUAGUCUGAAACUGAAAAUGUUUCCAUUUGUGGCUAGCACUUGCUAGAUGACUGAUUGUAUAUUUUUUCCUUGUAAAGAUUGUUGUACAGGGGGGUUUUUGGAUUGUCUCUUCUGUUGUGGCUAUUCCAAAAUAGUGUAUUUUAGCCAGACCUUCAGUUUUAUUUCUUCUACAUGUUUCUGUUCUCCACCCUCCCCUCUAAAAAAUACAUUGACCCAAUCCACAAUCCGAGCCCAUUUCCUUAUGUUCUUUUUAGAAGCCCAGUAGUUUGAGUUUUACAAAAUUUCUUGAUUUUUUUAUUCCGAGUUUAAUUAAACUUUGAUGGGUUAGGUCUACUGUCUACAUUAAGUAGUUGUGGGUGGCAGUACGCACCACUUGCUGCAUUAGCUUCAAGCAUGUGUAUGACAGCAGAGCAGAGACACUGCUGAAGCUUCAAACAUGACCUAUUUGUGUUGUGUUUCAAGGACUUAUGUACAGAUAAAGAUUUAAAUCAAAUUAUAUAUAUUAAGUACAUAAUUCUUAGGUCAAUUUUUAAGUGAAUAUUCUGCCACGAAAUUCCCAUAUAUGGACAAACAUAAUGUCUAAAACCGCUUUCCUUGUGACAAAAAUGAAUAUGAGAGAGAGGGAGAGAGAAAGGGAAUGCUGGGAGAUAGAUAGAUAGAUAGAGUCAGAGAGAGAGAGAGAGGCAGAGAAUUAGUGUGGAGAGAGAAUGUCUAAGGCUACUAUACAAUACUGAAACAUCAUAAAGCUAUACUGAUUUGAACAGAAAAAGUAGCCUAAAACCCCAUCUCAAGAAAGGGAUUUGGAAAGAACAAAAGGUAUUGGAGCGCACACACACACAAAUACAUACAUACUUACAUUACAUACAGACACAUAUUAAGAGUGAUUUAAGGAGCUGGGAUAUGAUAUGAUGUGAAGUGCUAAAUUCCAAAGUGCGUGUAGCUCUGCAAGUAUUCCUUCUGCUUCUGCCAUAUAUAUUUAUUUAUGCAUGCAGGCCUGCCUGCCUGCCUACGAAGAAUUGUUACAAAAACUAUUGAGGGAGAUGUCUUGUCAAACUGUCACCUACAACUAUAGCUAGAUAGCAGAUCAGCAGAGGUGCAAGGGAGAGUGAAGAUCUAGCUAGGUCGAGAAUGGCAUCUGGACUGCAGAGGAGGAGGAUGAGGAGGGUUGCAAUGCGCAAAAAGCUUCAGGUUCUGAAAGCCCUAAUAAAAUCAAAAUCGGUGAAGAAGAGCUCCAUAGUAAUGGAUGCAUUCCUGUACAUCUGCAAUCUGAGGCUUCAGGUUGAAGCAAUCAAACGAGAGUACCAAUACCUCAUAAAUCACAUCCAACAAGUGAAAGUGGAGAAGGUUGGGAGGGGAUAUCUGACAGUGGUGGUGACAUGCAAGAAAGUAGCUGGGGAGCAAGUGCUGGUCUCAAUCCUGGAGGAGUUUGAGAGGAUGAAUCUGAAUGUGUUGCAGGCAAGGGUUAGCUGCAACCACAUCUUUGGGAUGGAAGCCAUUGUUGCACCUGCACCUCAUCACAUUCACAGUACUACUACUACUACUCCUCCUCCUCUUGACGACGUUGAUGCUGCUGCUUUGCACCAAGCCAUUCUCAACGUUGUCCAAACCCAAACUAAUAAUAAUAAUAAUAAUAUUAAUUCUGCUGCAAAAUCCACCUAAUUAACCUCAUCAUCAUCAUCAUCUUUACCAUUCCCCACUAGUACGUACGUGAUUUAUAAGUUACAUAUAACUAGCUAGGUAUGCAUGCCCAAAUAGUAAUAGUAAUAACUAAUAAGAUGAGUCAUUUAAUUUAAAAUAGUUGGUUGUCUUGUCUGUCAUGUUGUACUACUAUAUAUAUAUAUAUAUAUAUAUCCAUCAUUCCCUAGCUCUUGCAUCAUCCUUCUGCUGCUAAGCCUGUUAUUUUUCAUAUGUUCAAAACCCUUUAAAUUAGGUCCCUUUCAAUUUUGAAGUGAAUAAAUAAAAGUCUGAGAAAGUGACCAAAACCACCCUUCGACUGCCCAUUUCCCCCUUCACUAAGGAAAAAGAAGAAAGACCAACAACAACAAUAAAAUAUAUAAUGCACAUAUACAUAUAUAUAUAUAGAGAGAGAGAGAGAGAGAGAGAGAGAGAGAGAAAAUGCAAUAGCCUAUUCUUUCAGGUCUCACGUGUUCAAUUAUAUAUGUGGGCUCUAUACUCGUUAUUAUUAUUACAGCAUAUAUAUAUAUAUAUAUAUAUACAGAUCUUGAGACUUACAUUACAACUAGGUUGCCACUUGUAGCAAGACCCACACCCUUUUCUUCAUCGUCUGCCCCAAUACUAGCUUAUAGUAUAUUCUUGGGACAAUAACAGAGUGGAGGUCCCGGGAGUU